AACGACCGUUCCAUUUCUCAACACACCGUAAAAGACAAAUUGACAUCAAAGAAAAUCAGAUUAAACCCCCAAAUUUGUACUUGUGUUCUCCAAACACUUCCAUAACUGCUAACUCCAUUUUAAGCAACCCCGCCAAAAGCUACCGAACUUCUCAUUCGCUUGAAAUUUCUGCAAUGAAUCGAAAUGGAUCGUCGUCAAGAGGUAGAGGUAGAGGUAGAGGUAGAGGUCAAGGUCAAGGUCAAGGUCAAGGUCAAGGUCGAGGUGCCCAAGUAUGGCAGAAAGUUACUGGCGAUUCCUCUCUUCAUCUUCAAACCCCUAUUCAAGAUGCAUCUUCUAAUGAGCGCAUGUCAGGCUCUCUAGAUAGAAAGCCAUAUAGCUCUCGGCAAGUAAAAGGGCACAAUUCAGAUGGUGUAGUCUCAGUAAAAUAUGAGAAUGUGACUCCUGUAGGUCACCACAGCCAGCAACAGGGAAGUUCUACGUUCAGGGGUGGUGGUUCUUUAGAUAGAAAACCACAUGGAUCACGGCAAGUAAAAGGGCAUAAUUCGGAUGGUGUUGUCUCACAAGAUAAUGACAAUGGGACUUCUGCAAGUCGCCAGAACCAGCAACGGGGAAGUUCUUCGUUUGGGGGGGAAAGUUUUGGGGGUAGGGAAAAGCAAUGGAGAACCUCCUCCAAGGCUAGCAGUACUGCUGGUAAUUCUAGUCAUGAUAAACAACUUGGAUCCACCUUUGUUGAAGAAAAAGUGCCAAUAAACCUUGGUUGUUCAUUCAUGGGAAGUGUUGACCAUCUCACAGGCGUGUCUUGCCUUUCACUAGAAUCAGCAGCGGAAAACAGAAAUUUUUCCGGUGCCAACAUUGUAACAAGUACUGAGAAUGAACUUGACCACGAAAAGAACGAGCAUCCUAAUAGCUCUACUGUAGUUGAAGUUUUUGAUAUCUGCCCUCUGAAAUCAGGUUAUGUUGCGUUGAAACCAUCCUUGAUAGUGAUGAAUAGGGAAAAGCGAAAUGAGAAGAAAAAUUAUCAAGGGAUUAUUUUGAGAUCUGGGAUGGUUCAUCUGAAGAGCUAUUUUUCAACCUCAGAACAGGCAAAAAUUCUAAAGAUAUGCCGAAACCAUGGUAUGGGCCCUGCAGGUUUCUAUCAGCCUGGUUUCCGUGAAGGAGGGAAGUUGCAUUUGAAAAUGAUGUGUUUUGGUGAGUUUUGGGAUCCUGAGACCAGCAAAUACGGGGAAGUACGACCAAUUGAUCAAGCAAAACCACCCUCAGUUCCACAGGAGUUUCAGCUGUUAAUUAGUAGAAUCAUCAAGGACUCUCAUUCCCUCAUAGCUGAACAAACUGGGGUAAAAAAUGUAGAAGAUGUUCUUCCCCCAGUAAAACCAGAUAUAUGCCUUGUAAAUUAUUAUGCACCAUCUGGACGCCUUGGUUUACAUCAGGACAAGGAUGAGGGUCGAGAAAGUCUUGGCAAAGGAAUACCCAUCGUGUCUUUCUCUAUUGGUGACACUGCAGAGUUUCUAUACGGUGAUCAGGUAGAUGUUGAAAAGGCAAAUAAGAUCAAUUUAGAGUCUGGAGAUGUUCUAGUUUUCGGAGGUAAGUCAAGACAUAUUUUCCAUGGAGUUUCUAGGAUUCUAAAAGACACUGCCCCUGCAUCUCUGCUCCAAGAAACAAACUUCCGCCCUGGUCGUCUGAAUCUAACUUUCAGACAGAAUCUUUGAUCCACCAUCUUCUUCUCUUUCUCUUUUGGACUUCGGGGUCUGAGGCUCUCAUUAAAUAUUUUAGUGGGCCAAUUUUUUUUGGAUGGUAGUGGAAGGGGAUCUAGCUUGGUUAUGACUUGUUUUGUAUGGAAGAACAUAUGUAAAGAAAUAGUUUUAAUUCCUGGUAAUGAUCUGUUUGUCCUUGUUUUGCCUUUUCA